GGUUGGCUUCAUAGCACUUUGGUGACCGGUACAUUGUGCUACGGUGUCGAUGGCGCAUUGGUGUGGGGGCGCCAUAAUUGCCUGAGUACAUGGAAUGGUGGCGAAACAAGCCGUCAACUACAAGAAAAACUCGCCGACCUUUACUUUACUGUGCCUGGAAUCGGUGUUGCCGCCGACUCCGCUUUUCCAGUGGCUCGCGAGGCAAUCGUCAAGAUAGUCGCUCCGCUAAAGGACGGGGAUGUCGACCAAGCUUCGGCGGGUUGCCGUUUAGAAAUGAUCGCUUUGCACAACGCAAUAACAUCUCUGCGUCAAGCAGCUGAGUGGGGGAUGGGAUCAGCUUCUAAGUGUUACAGUCGGCUACUUCUACCUCUACCGUAUAAUGCCAACAAACGACAUGUGCGCCUGGAUAAUAUCUACAGGCUGUACAACUUUCGCGUGCGUCGCAUCAGAUUAGAUCGGUCUUAA